UAUAAGACAACAGACUGUGGAUAUUCAGUCUAGCUCCUGCUUUGCAUUUGGUUUCCUCUAAACAAACUCCUCUCUGAAGCCUUUUCCUGUUGAUUCAAAUUCCUCCUGUGGGCAAAAGGUAGGCGUUCUUCUCAAAACAAAACACGUCAGAGUCAUUAUAUCGAGGAAUUACAAUGGGGCCCAAUCUUCAGAAGCAGAUGAAGGACAAAAAGUUCAAAAAGGUGCCCCAAGUGGUCUUAAUGGGCCUGGACUCUGCUGGGAAAUCCACUCUGCUCUACAGGCUCCACCGAGGGGUCAUCAUGGACACAUCGCCUACCAUAGGCUUCAACGUGGUCACCUUGGAACUGAACAAGAAGACGGUGUUCACCGUUUGGGAUGUAGGUGGCCAGGGGAGUAUGAGGUCCAACUGGAGGUACUAUCUGGAGGGAUGCAAGGCGGUGGUGUUCGUGGUAGAUGCCAGUGACAGGACUCGCAUGGAGGAAGCAAAGACGGCUCUGAAGACCAUUUUAAGUGACGACAACCUGGAAGAUGUUCCACUGAUGGUCUUGGCUAAUAAAACAGACCUGCCAAACUCGAUGGAGUUAAAAGAGGUUUGUCAACAGCUGGACUUAGAGAGCUGCACUAAUAGGGUUUGGGAGAUCCAGGCAUGUAGUGCUUUAAAAGGACUGGGGCUGGAGCAGGCUUUCCUGUCUGUGGCCAAACUGAUUCAUAAGCAGUGAAGGAUGAUGGCUUCAAUGGACAGUGCUCAAAUAUAAGGUUUGGGAAUAACCAGAAUUUUAGCUAAAGACUGAAAGCUAAUAAGAAGGAAAAGAUGAUGAGGUAUGAACACUAAAAAAAGAGGAAGUGUUAACAACAAGGACGUUUCAUAGGACCUUUUAAAACAUGGCAC